AGCUAACCUCCGCGACUGGGUGACUGACGAGGGGGCGGGGCGGAGGAGUCACGUGGUGUACCCAGCGUGGUCAUGUGACAGGAAAGGACUUUGUCCAGCGGGGAGAUCGACGGCGAUCCGCAGGCUUGCCUUUUCAGUACCGAUGAAACUUACCGCCAAAGUGGACGAUACAACGUUAUUUUAAAGAACAAACCAGCCCAACUUAUCGUUAAGUACUGACGUGAGUAAAACAAUCCCGUCCAGGAAAACAACAAGAGUUUUGGUUUCGCGUUGUUAGCAUGGAUGCUAACAUGGAAACAAUCGAAGAGUCUGCGUCGUUUGAAAACGAAACCGCGCAAGGCAUCGUCGAGCUUGAAAAAUCGGUACAGACAGAUGCCGUGGCAUCGGAUGGCAUCACCAUGACUGACGCCGGCGUCAACGUGGCAGCGGACUGGGAGGAGCAGCUGGCACUCAUGUUGGAGUGUGGUGACGGGCUAGCAGAGGAUUACAGCAACAUGGUCAAGGAGUGGCAGCGUGAGGAUGCCGAGCGACAAAAGGCAACAGCGCAGCUGCAAAAAAAGAAGGCCAAGACCACGCGGCAGCAUCAGGUUCUGCUGGAGAAGCUGGACACGCUGCGAGUGAAGCUGCAGCUCAACAACUCCAAAAGCACGCGCAAGAACUACCUGUCCAAGAAGCAGGAAGCCUGUGCGGAGAAAAGCCGUGCAGAGGACGAGAGGGACAAGCUGUCCAGGGAUCUGCAGGAGAGCGCCGCCAAGCUAUCUGCGCUAACGCGGGAGCAGGAUGAGGAGCAGCGAUGCUGGCGAGAGGAGCUGGACGAUCUGAAAGAGGAGAUGGAGAAAAUAAGGCGGGAAGCCAAAGACGCCGAGAGCCGCGCCUUGCGAGACCAGGUCAACGCCGUGGAGGCGCAGCGAGACGUCGCCAUGGAGCGCAUACAGGCCUGGCUCACAGAGGUGUCCGAGUAUGUGUCGUCACUGCGACCGUUCCAUCACCAGGAGAAGGCAAGCUGGGCAACCAAGGAGGCGGCGGUGCGAAACAACCAGGCAGAGUUGGAGAAGCGAUUCCAGGAGGUUCUGGCACGGUUGCAGGAAGGACGCGAGUUGGAGUCCCUGCCGCGCAUCAAUGUGCCGGCACUGCCGCGCAUACCCACGGCCGAGCUGAAUUUCAGACAGAUGAUGAUGUCCCAAAAUCUUGGGCCGCCAUCCCAGCGAGCGCCUCAGUACUACAUGCCCCCUCAGCCCCACCUGCGUUACUAUGCUCCGCCCCCGCUCUACCCGCAGUGCCACCCGCCGCCCCACGCCGGAUCAAUCCCGACUCUCAGCCACUCCCCGACACCACCCGCAAACCAGGUCGUUCCAUCGACGCCGGCCGCCGCCUCUUCCGGCCCCCUGGACAAGGUCCUGGACAAGCUGGGGGCGCGCUUCCCACAAUGCACCAGGACGCAGCUGACGCAUCUGCUGCAGCAGGUGAAGAGCGCCCGCGGGACCCUGGCGGGCAUUUCGGUGGAGCAGGUGGGCGAUCAGGUGGGCCUGGCACUGGCGCGGGGCGACGCGCAGAGGCCGCCGCCCGCCGAAGCUGCAGAGCCCCGUAAAUUGUGCCUGAUUUGCCAGAAGGCCGUGGACCCCGGAAGCCGGCAUCCGCUCACUUGCACCCACACCAUUCACAGGGACUGCAUCUGCAUAUGGAUCCAGUCCAGCGGGAACAACUCGUGCCCCUUCUGUCCCACUAGGUGAGCGCGCUAAUGCUUGUUAGCUUAGCAUUCAAAUAUUACUUGGCGGACAUGUUUUUUUUUUUGUUUGUUAAACAUUAAGGGGAAGAAACAUUCGGAAGAUCAAUUUUGAUUGUUUUUCCAUUAAAAUCAUUUUAAGCCCACAGUGUCUUUGUUUUGGUUUCAUAGCUAAGCUAGCAUUAGCAUAUGCUAUUAUCAGUUUCUCACAGUUUAGCUUUUGUGAUGCCCAAACGCUGAGGUUAUUAUCAUUGAGCUAGCACAGGUGGCUCUUUCAAGGCGGCAACAUUCAUGGAGCUAUUUGAUUUUUUUUUUUUUUUUUAUCUUCUGUGGCUCCCAAAUGUUUGGCUCAUGUUAGCAUCUGGCGUCCACCUUAUGUCGUUACAAGUGUUCAGCUUGUUAGCCUUUAGCUUGUGGCUCCCCACUGUGAAGCUUAUGUUAGCAUUUAGCGGGAGAAACUCAGUCUUUAGCUUCUGUGCACAUUUACCUGCUAUGGCUCAGUUUUAUCUUAGCAUUUAGCCAGGGACUCUCCCAGUCUUAAACUCAUAUUAACAUGUUUCAUUGCGCUAGAGAGGCCACUCUCAGUGUGUAGCCGAUGUUAGCGUGUUGACAAAUGCUGUCAUGUUUGAUUUGCAUUAGUAAACGGUGCCAUCGUACAGAAACAUGGGAAGAAAAAAAAGGUAGUCCUUCUACUGACAUUCUUCCACAAUCUUAACAGCGUCUCCGAGUUGCGGUGGUCGAUGUGGCGAGAAUGAGUGUAUCUCACGUAGCUUAGCAGCGUCCUGCGGGAGUGGCGGAAAAACACGCUAACAAGGUGUUCUCAUGCUCGCCGUCAACCGCAAUCGACCGCGUGACGCGACACCCCACAGACCGCAUCCCUAAAGGCUUUACCCAGCAACAAAAUUACGCUUGUACGCUGCCCCCUGCUGGUAUCCGGUGGCCUUUAUGCGUCGUUAACGACUUUUUCUGAAAGGUUGUUUUGAUGAGCAUCCAUCAUGGCCGCGGUUACAUCAAUUAAUGCUGUUGACGGCGGAGGAAGAGGGGGCGCUACCACCACCCCGUCCAGCUCAGUUCGUCGUAUCCCCCACCCCCUCCUCCCACCCGGCAUUAAAGUCCUGUCAUCCCAGCUCGGCCCCCCAGCACAGAGCUGUCAAUUAAAUGUGAUUGACUGGCUAACAGCAGCACAUAAAUACAAAAAAACAACAGACGGGAAAAUCUAUAUGUACCUCCCCACCAUCUGCCCCCCUUCCCCACCCGACCGUCAAACAAAGUCCCGCCCCUCGCUGAACGUGCAACCAAUCAGCAGCAUAAUAGCCUCUGACCUCAAAUCAUAAAGUGUUGUCCCGAAAACAAGCUGCCAUUUUGCACCCGAGUUAAGCCCCCUAUUAGCGUUUAGCAUGUGUGGCUAGCAGCACUUGGCGCAGGGAUGUCCAAACUUUUUGCACAAAAGGCCACAUGUGGGUCGGGGGGGGUGGGUGGAAACAAGGUACAGCAUGAGCAUGUCUUUUUUUGUUUUUCAUUGACAUUUUGAAAUAAAAAUAGUCAAGAGUAUCGUUUAACAUUUUAAAAAAAGAUACAAAUAUUGUGAUAUGGUUUUUUUAACCAUGUAAAUCAAUAAUUGUAGCCAAUACAUGAGUUAUUUUUCUUCCAAAAAUGAUACCCUUCAAUGUUUUAAUGUGUUCUCAUAAACUUUUGAUGUUUUACAUUCAUUUUUUUUUAGCACACACCAAGCCAGUGAACCCUGGUUUCGUUAAACUUAUCAUGCUGUGUACAUCCUGCAUUAUCAUGUUUUGUUCCCAAGCAAACAACUUGUCACAUAAGCAUGUUUUUAACAUGUUUCCAGCUUAGCAGCUAGCCACAUUAGCAUGCUGUGCGCGUAGUUUAUUGACCUUGCGGUCAUGUGGUGAUGAGUCGUCGUCAUCAUCCUUUAGCGGCUGGCCAACGAUUAUCAAGCUAGGCCCUGCUGCUGGAUCAUAAAAUGAAAACUGAACUCAAAUCUUUUUGUGCUCAAAGUGAAAAAUGUUUCCACCGUCACAAAUCUUUGAAAAGUCCACCGAGACGUUUGGUUCGCCGCUAAAUGCCCGAGAUUGAUGCUCCAACCGGAUUGAGCUCCACGCUCGUUGAAAAGGCGUCAAAAAGGUCCACUUAGCAGGCUCAAUUGAUGAUGUCUGCCUGGCAAAUUGGCCUUUGAUGCCACCCCCUGACUGACCCCCCCCCCACUCCCACGAGGGGGUCUAAUGGGUGCUGCCCUAAUGGCGCCCUCCAUCACAUGCGAAUAUGAAACGUGACAAUUAGCCAAACGAGCUUUAGCGAGAGGGGACAAAAAUAACAUGCUAGUUUUCGACAUCGACACCUGUGGGGGCUCAAGGGGGGGUUGGGGGGGGCUGUUGCGCACAAGUCAAAGUGAUAAAUUCAACCUCAUCGAUUGGACAGCACUUAAGAGACCAUGUAUUCAGUUAAAGGCUACAUGCUAACAGGCACUAUAAACUAGCAGUCGCAAAGGUUGAAUGCUAACCUAAACGGAACUACACAUCUUUAAUGCUAUAUGUUAACAUGAUAGUAAAUGUUAAGAGUGACUCAUGCAAGCUAAAUGCUGACAAGCUAAACCCAAUAGGAAAAUGCAGUCGCUUGUUAGCAGAGUUUACGGAACACAUGUUAAUGAGCUAAACCGCAAAAUAAACUGGUGGAAUGCUACACGUAAAGAUAAGCUAGGUACUGGGAAUAACAUAAGCAAAAUGCUCAACAGUACACUCGUCACAGAGGAGAAUUGCUCUUAGAAGCUCAAUACUGGUCGGCACACACACUAAUGCCAGUCACAUGGGCUAAAUGCUACAUGAAAAGAUAAACAGUCACUUAAUGCUUACUGCAACAUGACUUUGUCACACAAGCUAAAGUCUAAUAAGCUGAACCUUCCAAAUCAAUGGCUAACUGCUACUUAUAGAUACUAAUAUAAGUUAAACACUUGCAGUAGCGCAGACUAAAAUGCUCCAGACUGGGAUAUGCUAUAUGCUAUGACAAGAAAAGAAAAAAAAACAGUCACGAAUUAAAUGUGAACUUAAAUAAUGGGAAUGGGUCACCCAAAAAUAACUUACCGGCAUGAUACCAACAAGAUAACAUGGCGAGCUGCCAGCCUGACAAUGUAAAACAAUUUGCAAUAAAAGAGAAUAAGUCAUGAGAAAUCAAAAUAAACCUUUAAUGUGUUUUUGGUAUAAAAAAAAA